CCGGGUUGCCCGUAGCAAUGGGGAUUCGGUUCCCCGCGAUGUCGCAACGAGGAUCCGGAUCCCGUUGUGACACCCUGGACCCGGUUCCAUCUGCACGCUGCCAGGCCACUCGUCAAGCGCUCUCCGCUCGCUCGCUCGCAAGGAUGCCCGUGGACUGGAUCGGUUACGGCUACGCCGCCCUCGUAGCGUCAGGAGGCGUGAUCGGCUACGUCAAAGCAGGCAGCGUCCCCUCUCUGGCGGCCGGCCUGCUCUUCGGGGGCCUGGCCGGGUUCGGGGCCUACCAGACUUCCAACGACCCCAAGAACGUGUGGGCCGCACUCGCGGCCUCGGGGUUGCUGACGGGGGUGAUGGGAAUGAGAUUCUACAACUCGGGGAAGCUCUUCCCGGCAGGGAUCAUCGCCGGCGCGAGCUUGAUGAUGGUUGGCCGGCUUGGAAUGAAGAUGCUCGCCAAGCCUCACGAGCCGUGACGCGGAGAGAGAGAGGGGGGGGCGGCGAGGUUACGGAGAGGACGAGGAGACGGGGAGAGGGCCCCCGGCAGCAAACCCCCCUCUGUAAAAUCCACUCGGACUUUGGGGCGAUGACCUUGCGAUUUGACGGUGGUUGCCGCUUCUGGGACAAUUCUCCGUGACCUGCUUCUUAAAACGCCGCAGCUCCGGCUGCCUUAAGACCGAGCGAUUUAUUAAACGCCUCACGUGACACCGUCUCGCUCGCUCGGCAAUUGCGACCCCGCAAAUCGUGACCCGCUCACUCGCUCGCUACGACAAUUGUCGCCAUUUAUCAAAACCAAAGGAACCGUCGCCCCUCCACCACGCCGCUCGUUACGUUGCCGCUGGGUGCCCGCGUGCCACCGUGUGUGUGUGCCAGAUCUCAUCCGUGUACCGCACGCAGAUUUACAAAUAAAACAAAAAAAUCACACGUUUCUCUUC